UUUUCAACGAACACUUUUAUCAAAAAUAUGUCUUCACUCACCCGUUUGUUAAAUAAACUCAACCAGAGCAUUGCUGGGAAACCCCAAUAGGAAAGAGCACGCGAGGCUGACUGUGCACUUGCAUCUAAGGUGAAACGCGAAUAAAUAUCUUUCAAGCUUCAGUGUGAAAAAAAGUCGACGUGACAAUGGUGUCGCUUUACCAUGCCCCAGGCGGAUCAUGAAGACUGUUUUGCUCAAGGUUAUUUCCAUUCUGUCUCUGCUAUGUGAAGGUGUGUCUGGAUAUGGAGGAUCACCUCGGCCAGGAGACGAAGGUUCAGUGUACUUUUCAAAUGGAAGUCAUAUCCUAAAUUUUACCACAGCCGGAGGCUACACCAGACUUGGCAUUUUACCACUAACUAAGAGAAACCAUACCCGUAUCGUUGGGCUGGCCGUGGAUGUGGACGAUGGAGUCCUUUUCUGGUCAGAUAUCAGCGUGGAAAACAGAGGGAUCUAUACGACUUCUCUCACUGCAGUGGAUGAAAGGAAAAUUAUUGCAGACUGUGGGGAAGUCCAUGGACUCUCAGUGGACUGGCUGAGUAACCAAGUCUACUGGACAGACACCACCAAGAAAGAGGUGCUGGUCUCAGACUAUGACGGGAAAUACACCAAGACCAUUGCUUUCUCUGGUAUGCUGUGGCCAAGGGGAAUAGUGGUGGACCCCAUCCACAGCACUAUCUACUGGGGUGAUCAGGGUCGUAGGACAAUUGAACAUGCACAACUGGAUGGUUCUGUGAGAGGGACUCUGGUCAGAAAGGGAAUAUAUUGGCCAAAUCAGCUGACCAUCAAUUAUGCAGAUAGUAAGUUAUACUGGGUAGAUGCUUGGAACAAGACAGUGUGGUCUUGUGACCUGGACGGAAGCCACGCCCAAGUCCAGUAUGAUUUCCGCGACACUCUUCAAGCCAACCCAUUGUUUGGCAUAGCAGCUGAUGGAACAACCAUGUACUUCAGCACAUGGUACAAUGGUGCCAUCUUUUCUACAGACCUUGAUAAAAAGAACAAUUCCGUGAAAGUUGUCUUGGAGGGGAUGACAGGAGGGGAAAUGUUCAGCAUCGCAGUUGCCAGCUCAGCAGGCCAACCAAUGGCAGCUGUGAAUCUGUGUGACAACAAAGCACACUGUAGCCAUUUCUGCUUCACCAGGAAGAGUCUGCAGGAUUAUGUGUGCAGGUGCCCUACAUAUGGUGGACUGGCACUGGCUUCAGAUAACAAGACAUGUACAGAGCCAACUGACUACCUGUUUUGGACCAAGAAAGACACAGGUCAGAUUGGAUAUCUCAAUCCAAGUAAACUGUACAGUGGUGACACCUAUCUUGUGGCACAGAGUAACAGACCAGUAGCAGUGGCUUAUGAUCCUGUUGAUAAGAAAGUCUACUGGAGUGAUGUGAGGGAGAAAAGUGUGUACCGUGCUAACCUGAAUGGAACAUCUAAACAACUGUUUCUACCCCAUACGGCAGGGAUUGGAGUGGUUGAUGGUUUGGCAAUGGACUGGAGGCACAGGAGGCUUUACUUUACCAACAGGAGGCAGCCUACACAGGAAGGGAGGGUGGUCGACGCUGUUUGGCACAAAAUAGAAAUGGUCAGUCUGGACAGGACUGGACGCUGGACAGUCACAACACUGCCAGAGAAACCAAGGGGGCUGGUUGUUGAUGGGGAGAAAGGGUACCUGUACUACACAGACUGGGGAAAGCACCCAAAAGUAAUAAGAACUGAACUAGAUGGUGCAAACCCAGCAGUUUUACGGGACACCAACAUUAGCAACCCAAACAGCCUGAGUUUGUACCAGGGAAAACUUUACAUGGUGGACUCCAACUAUAACCGCAAGGCAAGGAGGCCAUAUGUGGCUGUGUAUGAUACAGAGACAGGGAUUUGGAAUGACAUGGAGGGUCCUUUGGUGAAUGUCCAAGUCCCCCUGUCCAUAGCAUCCUUUGGUCAGCAUAUUGUCCUGAGUGAGUGGACAGGUCAGCAGAAGGACAUGGGCAGACUGACCAUCUACAGUAUGGACAGUGGCGACAGCCAGAACCUCUCUGUCUAUGGGAACCCUACUGGACUGUUCUAUAGCACAGCCUCAGUUAGCCAUACAGAAAACAUCAGCUUAGUUUGCUCAGCCAGCAACUGUGAUGACAUCUGCAUCCCAACCCUACCAGAGAGUGGUACAGAGUGCCGCUGUCAGUGCAGUGACCUGACUGGUAAAGUGCUGUCAAAGAAUGGCAGGAGUUGUGUUGCUCCUGAGAAUUUUGUCCUCUUUGCUGACCUAAACACCAUCAAGCUGAUCAACCUGGACAAUCCAAGUGACAAGCAUAUCUAUACACUGGUUCAGGGCAGUUAUAAUGCCAACUUUGUGGCCAUGGUGUAUGAACAAAAGGAAAGGAGGAUAUUUUGGGCAGACUUGAAAAGUCCCAGGCUCCUGACUGUACCUCUAGAUUCUCCUGGUAAUGUCACCACCCUCCUGCACCUAAACUAUGCAAUAGACAGUAUGGUCAUUGUUGACCAGUUCAGGACACAAACUGACCAGUGGAGGAGUUCAACUGACCAGUCCAUACCUUUGGCCGACUCAUCUAGUGUGGUAUCUCACACAGAUAAAUGGUCUGGUAUGAUAAAUGACCAGUUCAUUGCAGUAACGGAUCAGUCCUCAAAGAUGACCAAUGGCUCUGUUGAGAUAAGCAAUCAGGCAAAUAAUCAGACUGAUCAGACUACUGAAAGGUCUAUUCCGACCACUGACUGGUCACGUAACACCACUGAUGGGUCUAGCAAGAUCUUUGAGUGGUCAAGCAAGACCUAUGAUGGGUCUGGUCAGAUCACAGAUGGGACUGGUCAGCAUACAGAUAGGUCAAGCCAGACCACUAUGCAAUAUAAUACAGACCAGACCCAGACAGUCACUGUUAUGUCCAGAACUUCCACAGUCAAGCCAAGUAAAAGACCUGGACAUUCCCUGCUCUACUGGGUGGGCUAUAAUGCCACAGUGGGUCUAAUAGCAUGUGUAGAACUAAGUGACGAUGGUCAGUUGGUUCCAAGGAUACUGACCACUGGGCUGGUACUGCCCAGAGCUUUGGCUGUAGAUUCACAAAAUGGUUUCAUCUACUGGACAGAAUAUGGCCUUCAUCCCAGCAUCAAAAGAGUGACCACUGAUGGUCAUAAUAUGCAAACAGUGGCCAGUGAUGGUUUGAGGUGGCCAAAUUCUGUUAUUGUCCACCCAGCCCCAGAUGUCAGCUCUUCAUUUUUGCUUGUUGCUGACGGAUAUUACAGAAGGAUAGAAAAAAUGAGAUUAGACGGGUCCCUACGGCAUGAGUUGAAAAUUACCGAAGAUCUGCCACAUAUCUAUGGUAUGGCACUUUACAGUGACAGAUUGCUUUUCUUUACUGACUGGACUGGAAGCAGGAUAGGCUAUGUUGUCAUGGAUACAGGGCAGGUUAUCACCAUGGCAACAAAUUUAUAUAGACCAACUGCAAUUGCCUUCCAAAUAUCCAGAGAAGGAGAAAAUAUUCUGUUUUCAUUGAUGGAUAAAAUAAAGUCAGAGGUAGACACUACUUCCUCUGAAGGAAAUACAACAAAGGCCCAGGAGAGCACUACCUUUUCUUGGGUGAAUUCAACAAGUGCAGCAGAGAACACCACUGUCCAUGAAAUGAAUAUAACAGAAACAAUUAAUAUAGCAAAUGAAACUUUAUCUGUGAUAAAUGCAACAGACAGCUCUGAGAACACUACUUUAUCUUGGAUAAAUACUUCUAUAGCAGUGGAAGAAACAACACUUACUGCAUGGAAUAAUAAUACAACUGCUGUGACAGAGGAAUCCACCUAUUCUAGCAGUAAUACCACUGAGGUAUUAGGGGAUACCACUACCUCAGCUGAUUUGGAAGAUGGAUGUGACCCACCUACAAAACCUGUCACUGGAGGCCGUCUUGACUGUGAAAACAACUACUGCCAUCUGGUGUGCAAUGAGGAGACACACAGACUCAAUCCUCAGUUUACAAAGCUGGCUGUGCCUGGUGCUCUCUGUAGAAAUGGAACAUGGGACAAUUUGCCCAUGUUUUACUCUGAACAGUCUUGUUUAGAAAUAAGGAAGAACUACAGAGUUUUGGCAGAAUAUAAGAUGUCACUAAAAGGAAGAUGUAUUUCUGACCAAACAGAACUCUUGGCCAAAAUGAAAGACAUAAUACUUCAAAAAAUGAAAUCAAGAGGAAUAUGCUCUUCACUGAAAUCAGGAGAGAUACCGUGUAAACCCCAGCUGAAGUUGAAUCUUAACUGUCACAGAAAACAAAAGAGUAAAAAGAAAUUAUUGGAAGUAGUUUCCUCUUCAACUCAAAAGAAGAGACGCUCAUAUGCAGAAGUCACAAGCACACAUUCCAACUUGAAUAAAUAUAAUUCAUCAGACAAAAGCCGAAGGUCAGUUUUAAGACCAAAAUCAACUAUGAUGUCUAGGAGAAAAAAUAGUCACAACCCAGUUGAACAAAACUCUUUAUCUCCAUUAAUUAGUCCAUCCAGGUUACAAAUCCACAGCAGAAUGAUGUGGCGUAGAAGCAUUGCCAGAGAUAAAGCUGCUGCUACACUAAAUCAGAACAGGUUAAAAGAAGCAGGUGAUUUGAACACUGAGAGAACAAUGUACUUUGUCUCUUCAAGUAAAAGUAUUAAAGAGGAGGCAGGGGAGUCUUAUGGAGAUGUAGCACCAUUUAGAAAACUUUCUACCAGAAGUCUCAGGGAGGUGGCAUACAAUACACAGAGUGAGGAUGCAGAUACCAUGGAGCUGUUUUUGACUUUGCAAAUUGAUGCUAGUGGCUCUCCAAAUGAAGACAACAUCACCGAUGCCAUCCAAGCAGCAGCAGCCAGUCUACAAGACUUGGUCAACUCCGGCCGUGGCCUGAGAGUGGACAGUGGUCAGUAUGAGAGCAUUCCAGGAAGUCUGAAGAUCAUUAGUCACAGGUGGACAUGUCCUGAGGGACAGAUAAAAGUGGAGGAAGUGUGUGUGGCCUGUCCCAGAGGUAGCUUCCACAACAAUUCCUCACCAGAUGGCGCCAGUGAGUGUAGCGUGUGUGGACCAGGGACAUACCAGGACUUACAGGCCCAGACUACCUGUAAACUUUGUCCAGAUGGCACUGUGUCACUGGCUGGCAGUACACAUGUACACCAAUGUUCUCAAGUAUCAGGGUCAGGGGACACUGCAGGCACACCACCAGUGUGGAACCUGCUCACUGUGGUCAUAAUAGCCAGUGGUGUAGCUGCUGUAACAUUUGCCAUGUUGACAUGCAUCAUCUGCAUCACACAUCGCAGGGAUCGUAAAGUCAUCAUCACCAGUCUCAAAGAUGGCGCCUCAGUGUGCACUAAGUCCACCAGUGACUUGAGCGAUUAUGGAGAGACAUAUGAUCUUCGGGAAAUGCGGCUAUAUAGGAAUAGGAUGACCAAUUCUCAACCAGAUCUACUUCCCAUGGAGUUAAUAUGCGCCUGGAAUCCACAUGAUAUUCCUGGAACCAGUACGACUAGUAUCCCUCGCAGCAGUACUGCUCCAGAACGGUCGCCAGGUGGCACUGAUUACAACCCAAGCCUGUCCCACAGGGAAAUGUGGGAACAGCCAGUGGGGGUUCACAGAGGGGGGAGACGCCUCAGGACUUUUAGGCCCAAGAGCGGGGACCUAUCUGUGACAUUUAAUGAUGAAAAAAAGAGUUCAUUUUGAUGGCAGAGGAAUUAGUAGCUUAACUUUUAAUUUAUUGACUAUGAAAGAUAUUAAGUAGAUGUUAAUGACGGUGACUUACAUCUUUAUAAUUUGGAGAUGAAAUGUGUAUUUGUGAUUGUUAAAUGGAAGAUAAAUUAUCCUUCAUGGUCAGUGAUCAUGUUCUCCCUUUACAAUAAGUUUGUAAAUUUUGUAUCAAAAUACUAUAUAGUCAUUAUGUAUUUAAUGCAUAUAUUUAGUAUUGAUGAAAUUUUUAUUUACAUUUUAAUCAUAGCAGGUCUUGUUGGAUAUAUUUUUUAAUAUUAAUCAGGCCAGUUUACCCGUUUUCAUUGUCUAAUUUUUUUCUUUAAUAGUUUGUACUGCAGUAACUGUGCUAUUUUUUAAAGAAAAAAAUGAUGUCAUGGAAGGUUGCAGGCAGUAGAGUUAUAUGUUAAAAUAGUCCAUUUAAUUUGCUCAAAGCACUCUGUGUAAAAUAACUUUUUAAAAUACAAUACAUCAGCUAUUACUGAAACCCAAAGACUGCAAUGUAGUUUGUUGUCAGACCACUAUAGAAAAGUGACAAAGUUGUAAUGUAGAAGUCACCUUUCAGUGAAUCCUUUUCAAAUACAAAGGACUCUCAAGUGUAAAAGUGCAAUGCCUUAUAGAUGUAUAGAUGGUCAUUUAUAUAUUCUGAAAAUGCCAUUAUGUAUCAAUUUCUCUUGUUAUGAAUGACACAAAAAUAAUUUUAUUCAUUGUAAUAUCCAACUUUAAAUGGUGUUUUAGCAAUUAAAAUUGCUACCACUAUCAUAAACAGUUAUGUCAUGACUAGCUUAGUUCACCCUAAAACCUCUAUAAGGCAGACAAUCUAAUCAAACUGCCAUGGGAAAUGUGUCAUCUUCAGCAAAAAAAUCGAUUUUUUGUAUAGAUACACAUUUAUAUUGAACUCUUUAUGCUCAAGGUGCAUGUAGCUUUCUUCAGCUGGCAUAAACAACAUUAUAUACCAAAAAGUUAGACAAGCAUGAGUAAUAGUCAUAAAUCUACAUGCAAAACUGCCAGUGCUAUACUACAAGUGGUACACUGCAUAUGUAUUAGAGUGUGAGAUGCUACAUUUUAAAUGCAUGUACGCGAUAGACAAUUACAUAUCUGAAAAUGAAAGAAACCCAAAAUUAAUCUGAUUUUGUUUGAAAAUAUUAUUUUGGCAGUGUGCCACAUUGUUAUUUUUGAUUUGUUACAAAUGUUUUAUGAUACACAAGUUAUACUGUCCUUGUAAUAUAAUGCUCUUUCUCCUUUUUUUAAUUUUUUUUCACCGAUUCCUUUUGUUUUAAUACUUUUUCAUUAAAUAUUUUGCUUAUUAUUUACGCUUUAUUUCAUUUAUUUUCUAUUGCGUAUGCACUCUAGAAUUCUACCAUGUGCAUUUUAUAAGUUUCUGUUCAUUUUAUGAGUAUCUGUUAUAUAGCAAUAAAUAUAUAAACUGAU